AUGCCAAUCGCACAUCUAGCUCUCUCCGUCCUCGCUAUCUGGACAAUAGGCUGCCUUAGUCUUACUACCUACCUCGACCCACUACAAUCCAUCCCAGGACCUCUGAAAUGCCGUCUAACACCACUCUGGUCCUGGUACCACUCCAUCAUCGGCGACGAAAGCCGGCAAAUCGACGCCCUGCACAAACUUUACGGACCCAUUGUCCGAAUAUCGCCCAAUCAAGUCGUUAUCGCCGACGGUCGCGCUUUGGCACAAAUCUACUCGGAAAAGGGCGGGUUCCUCAAAGCUCCGUUCUACGAGAAUUUCGAUGCCGAGGGUCAUCAGACGAUUUUCAGCGCGCGGGAUCCGGGGUAUCGAGGCGUGAGGAGUAGGGCUGUUGGGCAGAUGUUUAGUGUUGGGGCGGUGAAGGGUGGGAGUAAGAGGAUUCAGGGGUGUAUUGAUGAGUUUGUGGAGAAGUUGGAGGAGGAGGCGGGGAAGAACGGGGCGAGGGUGGAUGUGUUGAGGCUUGCGAGAGGGCUUGCGAUUAAUGUUGUUGGUGCGUAUUUGUUUGGCGAGGAGUAUGGCGACUUGAGCGACGGUACGACGAUGGAAAGUGCAGGCGCUUAUGUUGACUUCAUCGUUGAGAUUGGUCGAUUCUUCUUCCUACCGCCUUGGUUGUUUCAACGGGUAUUCGCCUCGUUGAGUUACUUUCAGCCAAUGGCUUCGGAAACAGAGAAGAGUAUAUUCAAGGUGGACAGCUUCACGCGGCGUCUAGCUGAAAGGCCCAUCGAUGCCAACGAUGGCACCUACCAAGGCCGACUCCUGAAAGCUGGCAUCAGCGUUGACGAAGCAGACGUCCAGAUGAAAGACGUCGUCUUCGCAGGCACGGACACAACGGCCUUGAAUCUAAGCAAUAUCCUCUGGAAUCUGGCAAAGCAUCCGUUCAUCUACGCAAAGCUGCAGGCUGAGCUGGCUAAAACACCAGACAACGACUCAACAUACGACGCUCAACGACACCCAUAUCUCGAUGGUGUCAUUCGUGAGGGCCUACGGACACUGCGUGCCAAUCCGACUCGAUUUCCACGCCAAGUUCCGCCAGCGGGAUAUGUCUACACCUCGCCGGACGGCAGGACAUAUCGCCUUGCAAGCGGUACGAUCGUAGGCAUAUCGCCUUCCGCGCUGCACUUCAACCCAGCAGUAUUCCCAGACCCACAGAAUUUCCAGCCGGAACGCUGGCUCAAUCCUUCAUCUGAGAUGCUGCGAGACUGGAUUCCGUUCGGUCUUGGUCCGCGACAGUGCAUCGCACGGAACCUGGCGAUGAUGGAGCUGGCACUGGCUGUGAAGGCUGUUGUUCGCUCAGGCGUGCUGAAGGACGCGAAACCCGUUGCGGGCAAGAUUGAGAUCAUGGAGUGGUUCAACGCCAGGAUCAUGGGCGGGAAGGUCGAGCUCGUCUGGACCUGA